AUGCUGGCGCUCAUGGUCCCGGCCGGGCUCCUGGCGCCGGGCUCUCGCGCGGCCACAAUCAACCCCGUCAGCGAGUAUCUGUACUCGGGCUUCGAGAGCAUCGCCACCAGCGGGGUGCCCAUGCAUUCGGCCAACCUGCUCAUCGACACCCCGGCCCUGGGCUGGAGCGUGGACCCCGAUGUGGGCGACUUGCACUUUUACCACCAGCGCUUCGACCCCCUGGCCUCGGAUGACCCGCGCGCCGGGACCCUCUUCGGCCGGGAGUACGAGUACAUGAUCCACUCGCUGGACCCGCCGGACCAGUGGACGGCCCUCUUUGUGGAGAGCCCCCUCGAGGAGCCCAUCAUGCUGGCCAUCUAUGCCCAUGAGGUGCGCGUCUUCCAUCCGUCCCUUUCGCAGGAUGUCCCCCUGGACCGGGCGUUCGAGGGCCUGGCCGCGGUGUACUUCCAGGACACAAUCCAUCUCCUCCUGGCGGACCCCACCACCCAGGACCUGUGGGUGCUGGAAAUCUCCUCCGCCACCUCGGCACCCAGCACCAUCGGGCAUGCGCACCAGCCGGGGGCCCGGCCGGCCGCCGUGGCGGUCGGCCACGGAGGCUUCCUCUUUGCCAGCGACAGCCUGGGCGUCGCGCACUACGACCUGGCCUUCAGGUAUAGGUACAACCUGCUGCAGGACGACCCGACCCCGAGCGACAUCCUGACCAUGGGCGCCGUGCGGCUGAAUGUCGGGCCCUCGAGCGACUCCGAGACCCUGGCGGUGUUCUUCGGCUCCGGCAGGGUGGCCCUGUGCUUCGACUGGCGGAAUAGCAUGUGCGCCGAUCAGCAGGUGCUCCGCGAGGAGCUCCCCCCGGAGGUGGACCUGACCGCCCUGCGCAUCCUCAACCCGCCGGCCCUGGUGUCGGUCCUCUCCGAGGACCACCUGUACCUGGAGGAUGGGCAGAAGCAGCUGUGGCGCGUGGCGCUGCAGAUGGACCUGGCCCCGGGCGACCAGCUGGUCCUGACCCGGCUGGAGCUGCCCCCGAGUGUGGGGCCGGCCGAGAACGUGCGCAUGCUGGUCAUGGACCUCGGCGCCGGGAGCCCGGUCCUCCGGCUGGCCACCGAAAUGCGCGUGCUCUUCGACUACCAAACCAUGCGCUGCGACACCGACCGAUCGAUCGGCUGCAUGCUGGACGGCACCGGCGGCAGCCUGCCGCUGAACUGGGCCUGCCAGGAGGACCGCGUCCUUUCGCCGUUCCACCCGUCGGGGGAGCUGUGCGCCGGCUGCCGCGAUGGCCACACCCGCGAGCUGUCCACCGAUGGCGAAUGUGCGUGCGCGGCUUGCACCCGCGCCGGCCCGACCGCCCUGGCGCGCCCGUGCCCCUUUGCCGGGGCGCCGCUCCUCGGCCUGUGA